AUGGCAUGGUACUCGAUUCUUCCACCUCAACUCAUUCACUUUGAAAGCUGGGUGGUACACGUUUUUCUUCUUCUCGGUCUCUUCACGAUCGGCCCUUGGGCGGCUUUAAUCAUUUUCGAUGCCGGUCUCUAUCUUUAUCGAGCGAUCCUGUGGGAGCUGCCCAUCGUUGGAGGUCGUGCUCGUGGCCAGCAACGUCCGCGCGCCCCGACUUUGCAGGAACGACCAGACGGCCAGCGAAGAGCCUUUGGGAUGUUCAAUUCCGAGACACCCACCGAAGAUCGCAACUUGGAAAGGGAUCGACAGAUACCAAACAACGGAGCUUCAGAAAGACGGACCGACAUUGCAAAGGGCGAAUCGAGUCAUACUGGAGAUGUCUACCAUGAUCGUGACGGUCUAGAAGAGGCCGUGAAAAGGCGAACGACUACAUCUGAUUGA